GCUACGAUUUCAACUCUUUCCAUUUCGACCAUCGACCCACACAACACACACCCUGAGAGACGAGAGAACGCAAGUCCAAUGAGCAAUUUCCACAGAGUAUCACACGAAGCUUACCCUCCUCCUCCUCCUCCUCCAGAGUACGGAUCGCCUUACCCUCCCCCCCAACCGGGUUACCCAUCAGCUGCUCCUCCUCCGCCGCCGCCGAGGCAUGGGGGAUACCCUCCGCCGCCACCGCCGCCGCAUCCACCGCAUCAAUCGUACCAAGGCUAUUUCAACGAUGGGUAUCCACCACCUCCUCCUCCGCCUCAUUCUCAUUAUCAACACGUGCAGCAUCACCAUCACGCUGACCCUGGGUGUUCUUUCCUGCGAAGCUGCUUGGCAGCGCUUUGCUGCUGUUGUGUGCUAGAGGAGUGUUGCUUUUGAUAAUCACAUCACCAAAAGCUGUUUCUUCAUUUUGGUGCACUUGGUUACGGCUAUCUAGAGAAAUGUGGCUUUAACUCUUGAUAAUAAGUGUGAGAGGUGUAAGUAUUGGUCAUUACUGUUGGUUGUUGGUCUUUACCCUCUUACCCAAACCCUGGUUUGUGCAUAGUUUCUGUGAUGUAGUCUAUGUGAAUUUCAUUGUAUGAACACUGUAUUGAAAAUUGUAAACCGUUUCUUAUAUUGUGUAAAAGCCACUACUAUGGUUAAAGUUAUGUUACAUAUCACUUUCAUCUUUACACUUCAAUAUCAUUUUCUUUUAUACUUGGCAUG